UGUCAUUACUGACUUGACUACAGCUGAAAGAAGAUUUUACAAAAUGGCGGAUAUUAAAUUAACCUAUUUUAAUGUUACUGGACGAGCAGAAAUAUCAAGAUUAAUUCUAGCAUAUGCCGGCACAAAGUAUAUAGAUGAUAGAACCAGCAAGUUUCAAUCUCUGAAACCUACUCUACCUUACGGUCAACUUCCAGUCCUUACUUACGAUGGAGUCACCAUUGCUCAGAGUAUAACUAUUGCAAGGUUUUUAGCCAAUGAGUUUGGGUUGGCUGGCAGAAACAACCUCGAGAAAGCUGAGGCUGAUGAGAUUGUUGAUGCUCUUGUAGAUAUUCAGAAUGCUGGAUACGGUGUCAUGUUCUGCAAAGACCCAGAAAAGAAGGAUAACCUCUUGGAGGAAUUCAAGGUAAAAGCUUUGACUGGUCUUACCCAGCUGGAAUCUCGUCUGAAGUCACGUGGUGGACAAUAUUUUGCUGGAAAUCAGCUGACAUGGGCAGAUCUACAGCUGUUCAAUAUUCUGGAGUUCCUCAAGGCCCUCCUGCCUGAACCAGCAGAGAACUUUCCACUGCUGAAAAAUCUUGAAACUAGAGUCGGGGAUUUUCCUAACAUUAAGAGAUGGAUAGAAGAAAGACCAAAAUAAUUGAAUAUUUCAUAUGUGCUCUGAAAUUCCAUUAUUUUUUAACACAAUAAUGUAAUUAACAUUUGCGAUAAUUGAACUAAAUAUAUUGAUUUGAGUUAAAUUUUUCUA